GGGGGGGGAGGAGAUUGUGAAUCCGAGCCAGUCUACGUUAGCUGGCCUAGCCGGACUCGGGAGCUCGUCUCCCAAAACAAGAAUGGGGUCCGGGUCCGCUCGGACUAGCUCGCUGGCGGAGUGACCUUUGAUUGGACUCUCCGAUGGCAAAUUUCACGAACUACCAGGACGGGAAGGCAGCGAUGUUGAUGGUGGAGACGCAGCAGCGGGACGUGGGGACGAAGCCCGCGGCUGCAGCGAACGGAGACGGCUCGGUCGGGGAACCCCCUUCCCCGUUAAUUAAUAUCAGCGGCGGCGGCGGAGGAGGAGGAGGAGGCGGCGGCUCUCGCUUCCACCUACCGCCCUCCAACCACCUCCACCACCACCACCUCAGCAGCAGCCACCACCCGCCAAAGGAUCACCACCACUACCAGCUGGCCCCGCAGCAGCAGCAGCAUCUUUCCGGGGAAAACAUCGCGGAGUCCCCGGGCAGGAAAGCCUCCUCCUCCUCCUCCUCCUGCUCGUCGACCCUCAGCCAGGCGCACACGGCCGAGGACCCCGCCGCUAGCAGCAGCAGCAGCGGCGGCGGCGGCAGCGGCCAUGUAUACGCGGCGGUGAGUGUCGCCAGCACCUCGGACGCUGUGGACGAUAUUCGCAAAUGUGGCUAUUUGAGAAAGCAGAAACACGGACACAAGAGGUUCUUCGUGCUGCGGGCGGCCAGCCACCUCGGCCCGAGCCGCCUGGAGUACUACGACAGCGAGAAGAAAUUCAGGAGCAGCCUGCGCUCCGCCGCCGCGGCCGUGGCCAGCGGCGGAGCGGUGGCCCCUUCUCCCCCGAAGAGGGUGAUUUACCUCUACCAGUGCUUCACGGUAAACAAGAGGGCGGACUCCAAAAACAAACACCUCAUUGCUCUUUACACCAAGGACGAGUACUUUGCCAUUGUGGCUGAGAACGAGCUGGAGCAGGAGGACUGGUACGUGGCUGUCAGUGAGCUGAUGAGUGAGGGCAAGAAAGGGCACCUGGACUCGGAUGAUCUGGAUGACGGAUACGGGACAGUCACUCCUGGCACCGUGUUCAAGGAGGUGUGGCAGGUGAAUGUGAAACCUAAAGGACUGGGUCAAACGAAAAACCUCACAGGUGUUUACCGGCUAUGCCUCUCAACGAAAACCAUUCACCUCGUCAAGUUGAACUCUGAAACCCCUUGUGUGAACCUGCAGCUGAUGAACAUCCGGCGCUGUGGACAUUCAGAGAGCUUCUUUUUCAUCGAGGUGGGUCGCUCCUCUUCGAUCGGGCCCGGGGAGAUCUGGAUGCAGGUUGAUGAUUCCGUCGUGGCCCAAAACAUGCACGAGACCAUCCUGGAGACGAUGAAGUCGCUGAAAGCUUUUGCAGAGUUUCGGCCAAGGAGUAAGAGCCAGUCCUCGGGCUCCAACCCCAUGCCGUUCAUCACGACGCGGCGCCACCUGGGCAACCUGCCACCCAGUCAGACUGGGCUGCAGCGGCGGUCGAGAACUGAGUCGGUCGUGGGUACGCCACCUUCCAGUAAGAGCUCUGGGGCUAGUGGUUAUCGUUUCCGCACAUCCAGUGAGGGUGAGGGGACAAUGAACCGGCCGUUCCGCUCCGCCACAGGAAGUCUGGUUCACCUCAACUCGGCGCGUGCCCAUCAUGGUCGUCAGGAGGGUGGCGGAGGCAGCAGUGUUGGUGUCGCCACAGGAAACGCUGGUACGAGCACCGGCGCUGGACGCUAUGUCAGAGCCAUCCCAGGGUCAUCAGCCAACUACCACGCCCGCUCCGCCUCCCUCCCCGUCUCCCACUUCCCCUCCACCACCAGCCCAGUGAGCGUCUCCUCCAGCAGCGGCCAUGGCUCUGUGUCCGACACACUCACACGCCCAUCAAGCGCCUCGAUAUGCGGCUCCCCGUCUGAUGGCGGCUUCAACUCCUCGGAUGAGUAUGGCUCAAGCCCUGGUGAUUUCCGAUACUUCCGGGUGCGGAGUAACACACCAGACUCCCUAGGCAACACCCCACCAAUCAGAGAGGAGAACUGUCUAAAUGAUUACAUGGCCAUGGGCUGGAACCGGGAGGUGUUUGGCACCAGUGCAGGGUCUGGAAACAACAGUGGAGGUGACACACCUCGGGAUGAGGGCUCAUCAGCGGCAGAGGAAGAUCGUUUUUCUUCAUCGUCAUCGCUGAGGAGGAGGACUCAUUCAUUCACCAGACCUGCAGGCGGUGCAACCGGUGGUUCUGGAGUGGCCGUUUACCAGAAAAUGACCCAGACCAACUUUUCAUUGGAUGAGGAGUCAGACGUGGUGUUGCCAUUUGGCAGCGGGCUGCUCCGUGGUGGGCCGUCCUCCUCCUCUUCCUCGCUCCGCUCUGACUACAGUUCCUGCUCCGAGCACAGCCAACAGAGCCGUCCCUCCACGCUCUCCCGGACGGAGGCCGGCAGUGAGCGUCCUCCUCUUUCCUCCUCCUCUGCCAAGGAAGACAGCGGUUACAUGCCCAUGCUGUGCGGUGUCGCUGCUUCACCACGGGACACGCCCCCCGACUACAUGCCUAUGCAACCCGGCUCUUACUCCCAUCAUGUCUCCCAUUCCCCUCAGUUUCACAGCCCAGCAUUAGCCACCCGCUCAGCCCACCACCAGCUCCAGCCUCAGUCCUCCACAGACUCCCACGGUUACAUGAUGAUGCUCCCAGGUGGCAGCGGCAGCUCCCCCUCCCCAGUGCAGGCCUCCCCCAACCCACACAGUAGCUCCAGUUUGGCAGGUGCCAGUGCGAGUGACAGUAUAGCAGAGAGACCUGAGAAUGGGGAAUAUAUGGACAUGUCGUACAGCAGCAGUGGAGGGCGCAAGCUCUCAAACGAAGGGAGUAGUGGAUAUUUUACACCUGAGAGCACCCCAAAGUCUUACAGCCCUUAUUUUUCCCUCCCUCGCUCCUACAAAGCCCCCACAAGAGAGAGGGAUGAGAAAGAGUGUGGGGAGUAUGUUCCUAUGAGUUCUCCUGCCAAGCCAGUCUUUUCAUCAGUUGCCACAGCCUCAAUGUCAACACCAGAGAAGAGGGGUGGGGGAGGAAGUAGCACCUCAACCCCCUCUCAUCCACCGCCGCCUUAUGGAGCUCAUCACACGACCGCAGCGAUGGCUGACAGACGCGUCGUGAGGCCUAACCGCCUCCCUUUAGGUAGAAGGAGUUUCCACGGCCCGCUGCGGGUUAGUGAGCCCUCCGCAGUGUCUUCAGGAACCACAACGUCAGUCCCUGCCACUGCUAGCUCAUCCGAAAGGCCUUCCAGUCCUGGAGAAUAUAUUAACAUAGAGUUUGGGGAUCACUACCCCCACCAACAACAGCCCCCUGCCUAUCCUCUCUCUGCCCAAGAUGAAGCACCUUCCCUGGGAUCCGUCGACCACCGCCACUCUCCCCCACAGCCCCAAGUUCACCAGGACUACAUGAGUGUGGAGGUGGAGGCAGAUCAGCGGGACAGUGCAGGAUGUCUGGGUAAAAAACAGUCUCCCAGACCCAGCCUCGUCGCCCCAUGGAACCCGCCCAGUUAUAUCAGACCGCUGGCUAGCAAUCCAGGGGCACUGGCCUCCCCUGGAGUCCCCGCUGCAGGUCACUGGAGGUCGAAGGGUGACGACUAUACAGACAUGACAUUUAACCUCAGCAGAGGUGAUAGGACGCAAACAAGCCCCACAGCCAUGCUGCAGCACCUCUGUGUAAUAGAGGGACGCUACGGCCAUGCUUCCUCUGCCUCCCCCUCAUCCAUUUCCCCUCCUCUCCCCCCGUCAAGUCCAGGUAGGACGCCAACACAGCAGCCGGAGCCUAAGGUGGUUCGAGCUGACCCGCAGGGCAGGAGGAGACACAGCUCAGAGACAUUCUCCUCCACUUCCUCCUCUAAUUCAACUCCCCCUGGAGGAGGACUUGGACCCUCAUCCUCAGCCACGCACCCCACAGCGAACCCCACGGCCUCUAAUGGAUCAUACCUAGCUGAGGGUCAAGCUUCCAGGUGGGCCAGUUCAGCAUCUUUCGACAGUGUGUGGAUGUCUGUGGAGGGUGUAGGAGACUCGCCGGCUCACCACGCUCCAACAAGAGCCACGGAAACGGGGACUACGGCCGGGACCUCAGCCUCUGCCUCCUCCUCGGGAGCUGGAGCUGGGAGGAUGUGCAGAAACAUGUCUGUUGGCUACCAGAACGGCCUGAACUACAUCGCCUUGGAGCUGAGGGAGGAUGGGACUAACGUAGGAGCCAUGACGUCGGGAGGUGGUAGCAGCAAUGGGAGCUCGGCGACAGCGAUGGCAGCAAUGGGGACUGUGUCUCUGCCGGAGAACGGCGCCUACGCCAGCAUAGACUUCACCAAAUCUGACGGAGUCUCCACGACAACCAAGGACUGAACGAGGACGUCAGAGGUUCCCCGCCCUCCUCCUCUUCCUCCUCUUCGUCCUCAUCUCUCCGCUCGUGGCACUUGACUCUGCCUGUGACCUUUUGGCCUCCCGCACCAGUGACCUCUGACCUCCACCCUGACAGAGAAGCCGCUCCCUUCUGGACCCAGAAAACAACAAACAACAUCACAACAGAUGACGCUUGCAGUUUUAUUUUUAAGUGUAUUUCAUCUUUUAUUUUUUAUAUAUGCACAUAUAUCGAGACAUGUAUGCAUAUUUUUUCUUUGUCAUUUUUUAAAUCACCCCCUCCCCUCUCUGAAUCAAUGCUACCGGUGUCCCCCCCCACCCUCGUGUUCAGUGAACUUUGACUGAGGGGGCGUCCACUGAACCUCAUGGUUCUGAUUCUGCGUACGGUAUAAAAAAGGGAGGCUGGAAUGCUAAGCUAAGGCAUUAUGGUACAGACUUGGAAACUUUUAUGUUGCAUUGAACUCAAAUAUUAUUUUUUAUCUUUUGUUAUUAUUCAACCUUUUUUCUUUUUCUUUUUUUUUUUUACCCCAAACAUAAUCCAUCCUAAAUACGGUACCGUGCAGUUAUUAAGUUGUGGACAAAGUUGUGGUAGAAGUUUUUAUUUUUUAUUAUUAUCCCUCAGAUGAUACGAGUUCGUCACCAAGUGGCAUCGCACAGUUACCGUGCUCUUUCCCACACUAUUCCGCUGCAGGUACGGACGGUACCGGCAACCUUUGGAUUACAAUGGUUACCACGAUAUUCGUGGCGUUCGCACACAGCGCCACAGUUAGCUUGCGUUGCCUCUGCGUUCCAGUUCCUAGAGCUGCGGUACUGCGCUUGUGCACGAAAUUCAACGGGAUAAACCUUAAAGCGUUACUCUCUUCAUAUUCUGUAGCACAUAUUAUUUAUUUGUUGCAAUAGGUACAGAUAUUUCGUACGUUUAUAUGUUUUGUGACACCGCUGGUACUCAGCAGGGCGGGGAAAUGACGUCAGCCACCAAUCAAAUGCUGGAAAAUGUUGUCCGUCUUAAAUUCUUUCUCUUGUACGACCCACCGGAUAUGGCUAGCUCAAAUUCAGCUAGUUCAAAUAUUUUAUCUUGUUCGUUUAAUCGAAUUCUUUUACAGAAGUUUUGUGGCUUCAGCUUUACAUUUCAGAUAUACUGUUUAAUUAGUGAGCUUCAAACAAAGCCAGGGUAGCUGUUUUCCAAUUUUCACGCUUUAUGCUAUGCUAAGCUAAGCUAACGAGCUAUUAGUUUAAAAAUACAAAUCCUAAGUAUCUUGUAGAGGUUUUUCAGACUCAGCUGCUGUGGCCGACGCAUAGAAAAGACGUUUUUCCCGCCCUGCUGCUCUGCUCAUCGUACUCAGUUUCCUGCUCAAGGAGCUGUCGAGCGAAGCAGGUGUUUUCGAGGAGUUCUACAUUUUCAGUUUUACCUCAUAUGGUCCGUAGCACAGUUCAGGUUAGAGAGGGAGAGUGACGCACGCACAGACACACACACGCACACGCACACAAAACGCUGUGAAAGGUAAAAGCACAAAUUACAGACGUUGACACUGGGAUGCAAACACAAGCCUAAACACUAAUACGCACACACGGUGGUCAUGCAGCCCUAUUUAGGCGAGGAGAAGUCGCCGUGCCCCCGUUUCGGCUUUUUGUCGCCGGCUCCUGAUGACGUCCGGGAUUUUUUCGCUCACACACACGCACGCUGGGGAGUUGGUCAUUGGCUGUGGGUGACGUAAAGAGGUUUCCAGUAACCUGAGCCCCGGCCCCAGGUGCAACACGCUGGACAUACUUACCCUGUUACACACACACACACACAAACACAGACACACACGGUCAGGCAGUGAACACAUCAAUCACAGUCUUAGCCGGAGCUCGUUGCCUCCUCUCUCUCACACGAACAGACUGAUAGGCCCAUAUUUAGCAUUUCUACUCGCGCUACUCUCCCGUGACUUUCACCCACACAGCAGUUUCCAUAGAGAGAAAUGUGUGUUAACCACAAAAACUUGACAGCCAACGUAGUCCACGGAAUUUCAUUUUUGUUCAGUAUUCACUCAUCUAAUGCAACCUUCACCCUGUUUCUGAUUUUCCUUCUUUUUUUUAAAUUUUCUGGAUGAUGAAAGGUCCGUCGUUUCCCCCCGAUCACUGUCGUCCUGGUAGCAUCCGGCUGAGCAGGGAGGGGGGGGGGUGUGGAGCUGGGGAGCAGCGAGGGCAUGUUUUAGUCUGAAGUUCGACUGACUGCAGGGAGUGGUCUCACAGUAAAGGUCAGUUCGCUGUGAUUGACAGCGUUCCUGAUGCUUUGUGAGCUGCACAGGUGCCGUGAACUCUGCACAUCUGGUAAUUCACGUUGAUAUAAAAACCCAGUUAACCCUUUUUUUGAAAAUCGGUACUUAAGUCAUCGCUAUCUUGGAUAAUAGUGCGACGCUCGUUCUGUGGCUGCGCUCAUUUUUAAUUCACUGUAUGAUAAAACGAUCCAGAUCUCAAAUCCCAUGAUUCUGAACGUACAAUCUGCACAAAUACAAAGUUAAUGUAAAGAUUCAUAAAUUGCAACGCCACCUUUUCAGUGUUGGUGUUAAAAAACCUGCUGAAACACUCAGAGAAUUUGACUUAACAUGUUGUGCCAUGUUGUCUUAUUUGCACAAUAUAUAUAGAGUUUGGUGGAUUUGUGGGUCAGGAAGCAGAGGAUCAGGUGUGUUUCAGUUCAGUGAGCGGGACGACAAAGUCAGAACUCCGGCUUUGUUAGAGUAAAAGUUCCAUUGUGUUGCUUUAAAAAAAAUGUUGUGUAUGAACAAAAUAAACAAUUCUCGCGCCAUGUUUUCCCUUCAGAUGGAGCACAAGGUUAUAUAUCUGCAACCGAACAAUUAUUGUUAGCAUCGAAUAAUCGGAUUAUUUGUACGGUUUAUCGGAAAGUUUUCAAUACAAAUCCCAAAGAUAAUCAUUUUCCAGUGAUAUAAAAGAGUGGAAACUGUCAUCGUUGGAACCAGAUGUGUUGAGUUUACAGCUUCAGGGCAUUUCACUGAAUUCAUCUCUAAAGUUGAAACAUAAACCAGAGGAAAUGUCUCACAACAUCCUGUCCCUCCCUCGCAUCUCCCCUUUUUUAACCUCCAGUGACGACAGCCGAUAAGAAAAGAGCAUCUUUUAGAAAGAUGUGAAUCAUGUCAGAAGCAGAAGAGAUGAAGAAGAAGCAGUUUUCCUGUGUGUGGAGGUUAAUACUCACAACGUCGGUACAGAAAGAGAAAAUCUGAACCAGAGAAACCCCCUUUUUUUUUGACCCCUUUAUCUCCAUGUGGAGGGUUCGGAUUAUUCAUCCUCAGCACGUUCUUGUUUUAAAUGUUCUGAUUUCAUUAACUGAACUUCCCCCCAAAUGCUGUUGAAAGAUUUUACGCCUGUGACGCAUCCUGUGUGUACGUUAUGAACAAUGUGAGAUAUUUUUUCCUUUUGCCCUUGUUGAGCGAACAAAUGAUUGAAUAUAAGAAUAUUCAGGCUGCGGCGGCCCAAGACAAAAUAGAAGAUUUAGUUUUUUACUUUCUGAAAAAAUGUUUUGUGUACUUCUUAUGCUGCGGCGAUGUCUUGCUUUCGGGUUUUUAACGCUACGGCAAAACAAAGUGUUAGAGCUAGAUUUUGGGAGGAUUUUGGAAUAAUCCCCCCUUAAUUUAUUGGAAAAUAUAUGUUGUUCACGUCUGAUUGCCUUCAUGUCGAACUUUACCCCCCCCCCCCACUCACGUUUAAUUCUUUGUCAUAUCUGAAUAAAUUUACACAGAAUCUGUGUUUAUUUUGGCAACAAUUCAACCUCAAAACUCUCCAUGUUACUGAUUCUGAUGUUGGAAAAUCAGCUGUUAUGAAUUGUUCAUGUUCGGGGCGGAGAAAUUAGACCUACAUAAUAUAAAUAUAUAUAUAUAUAUAAAUAUAUAUAAUCCUCGCAGAGAAGACUUAGGGUACUGCAUCAUUAUGCAAACUUUUCUUUUUCCUCUAAUCCUUUUUGAUUUAUUUUGUAUUCUAGUUUACAGAGGGGGAAAAAAUAAUCAUCUUAUUUUUGGUUGUUUUGUUGUAUUGGGGCCUCUUAUUUCUCUGAAGACUAAGUGAUACAAGGCUAGUAUUUUUUUUUAAGAGUACUUAGGCAUUUUUGCAGUUAUUUGUAUAAAUACGUGGGUUACAACCUCCGCCUAAUGUUUAUUUUUUGUAACUAUAUUACAGUUUAUUUGCUGCUGUUUUAGUACAGUUAACAGUUGGAGAUGCUGUCGGUGGCGACCAUCACCGUGACGACGAUGAGGAUGAUGGUCAUUGCCCUGCUAACAGGCGCGGGUCGGGGGUCGGGGGGGGGAAUCUACCCGAACCCCACUUUACCCCCGCUACCCGUGUUCUUAUUUUCCCGAGUUGAAUGCUGUUGUUUAUUAGCUUUACAGGAAAGAGAAAGAGUUAAAAAAAAAAAAAAAUAGUGUGGAGGUGUGUAUCCUUCGUAUGUGCAUUAUUUUUCAGCGACGUACGUCCUAUAUACGAAAAAGAAGAAAACACGAGUACAAAAAAAAAAGGAAGAGGAGAAAACUGUGGUGGAAAUGGAAAUCCUUCUGUAAAUAAGGAAAAACUCAAGUUGUCGCUUUUUUCAUGUUAUGAUCGGCGCCUUGCGAGGUGCCCCCUCUCUUUUUGUUUUUGUUUCCUUCUCUCUUCUCUCGUUUUAUUUCCUUGUGGAGGGAAAGGGGGGGGGGCGGGGGGUAGGAGGGGUACUCAGAGGCGAUUUGAGCAUCGGCAUAGUGUUUAUAUUUAUCAAAACUCUUUUGCUUUCGAUAGAGCUAUUGCAAUAAAAAUGUGUUCAUGUAA